AUGGCUAAAUUAAAGUGGGUAAUGUUGCUUACAUUGUUUCUGUAUUGUGUUUGUUGUUGUGUUGUGAAUGGUCAUUCAUUUGUCAGUAAAACAUUUGAUCAAUUGGAUUCGACACUAUCUCUUGUUUAUGUUAAUGAUUACUUGACAGCUGUUGUGUGGAAAAAUGUGUCAGAAAAUUACAAUUUAACUUCAUCAAAAGAUGUAACAACAUUAAUGAAACAACACAAUUUACUCGAUAUUGCAUUUAUUCCAGCAUCACUAAAAAUGUCAACACUUUGGACGAAACUUAAUUCAGAUUUUAAUCAAAAAAGAAUUGUUAAUUUUUAUGGUUUCGUAAAGGGAUAUGGGCAGAGAUUUCACAUUUUAGAAGAUUUUGAUAUGAUCAUAACAUCGAGGAAUUUGUUUUUGGAAAUGUUUAGAAAUUAUCAUAGAGGAAGUGGAAAGAGAACACCUGUUGGUCAUUUAUACGAAACUUCUGACUUUAACUUUAUUGAUCUUUAUCCAUAUUCUGUUUAUCAAGUGGAUGAAAAUGCAACUGGAUUGAAUUUAAGUAUUUCA